AUGCCAGUGAAAGUGCCUCCAACUCUUUGUGACAAAAUGGAGCAGUGUGGAAAGGGUCACUCUGGACAGGACGACAAGACGUCACUGGAGGGCCCAGCUACGCUCACUCCCUCAUGCCCCAAGCGGCCCAAGAGGAGUUCUCCUCCUUCCUCAUCGACCUCUGCGGCCUCCCUAGUGCCCAUCGUGAGCUCGGUGUCACCUGUGCCCGGGCAACCGUUCGAGGACCUCCACACGCAACGGGUGAUCGCUAACGUCCGGGAACGGCAGCGCACGCAGUCCCUAAACGAUGCUUUCGCCUCGCUGCGGAAGAUCAUCCCCACGUUGCCUUCGGACAAACUGAGCAAGAUUCAGAUCCUCAAACUGGCUUCGAGAUACAUCGACUUUCUCUACCAGGUUCUCCAGAGCGAUGAGAUGGAUGCCAAGCUGGCCAGCUGUAACUACCUGGCCCACGAAAGGCUGAGCUAUGCCUUCUCCGUAUGGAGGAUGGAGGGUGCUUGGUCCAUGUCCGCCACUCACUAGACGUUCACCCGUUCCUGAUCCUACCUGCCGACCCUACAGCCCUAUACUACCCUCCAGAUCGAACCAGCCUCUGAACUCUGAACCUGCAUUCUGCCCCAGAGAAAGUGACUCUGAUUUUUAAAUCUAUCGCUGUCUGUCUACUAGCUAUGGCUUCAAAUUCACCAGCAACAGCCAUUUGACUCCUGCUGCCAUGACUUGACCCUGCCUAAAGCUGACCUCUGACCUUCCAACACCGACCUUUUUACUUUUUCUCAGAGCAACCCUCCACAGUAUCCCACUAUCCCAGAGGACAUCAUGCUUCAACUACAAGCCAACAAUCCUUCCCUUUUCUAAUGGAGCAAUACAACAAAAUGCAAAAAAAUUACGCUCCACCAUCUAAAGGAACUAAGAUUGUUCAGAUUAUUCCACUUGACUCUGAAUCAAACUCGGGAAAUGACUCUGAUUGAGUGGCAGAGUGCUGAUUUGUGAUCAGCGUUCACUGUCUUUGAUUAUGUAUGGACACGCAGAGGCAGACAUUGACUGUCAUAAGGACUCUACACUUAUAGCUAACCUAUACCAGCUAGCCUGAUGGAAAAAUGCUACGUAGACUCACUAUAUUCCCUGAUAUACAGAUCUGAUCAUUUCAGAGUUGUUGCGCUGGUCAUUUAUGCUGUAUAUUAGCCAACAUUAUUGCUUCUGUGACAGUGUAACAAUUGUGUCAUGGUAUAUACCACAUUCGUCUAAAUGUAAAGGUUGUUACGUUUAAAAAAAUAAUAAUAAUAAAGCUGUAAGAUUAAUUCUGCAAUAUGACUUGGUGAUUAGC